ACCAAAUGUAAACACCAAUUUGACAAAGCUAAUUAUUAGUUAUUGCUUAAAAAAAUCCUAUAAAUUCUGAAGCUGAGCUGAUUAUCCCGCAGGAACGAUGUUUACUUCGAAAUACUGGUGAAUUUAUUAUUUGAACAUUGUGAGGCCGAACUUAUUUGAGCAUCUCCUUUGUAAACGAAGUUAUAAACAUGGGUGAUAAGGAUAAAGCUAAACCAGCUCAGCCCAAGCAUGUCCCCAAAGAUGGUCAAGUUAUAAUUGCAAUUAUGAAAGAAAUGGGAAUAAAAGAGUACGAACCGAAGACAGUAGUACAGUUGACAGAAUUCGUGUACAGAUACGCCACGUCUAUACUAGAAGAAGCACGAAUGUAUGCGAAUAACUCCAAGAAAAGGUUCCUGGACGUUGAUGAUGUAAGAUUAGCCCUACAGCUAACUUCCGAGUCAACUUUCACCACCCCACCGCCUAGAGAAGUUCUUUUAGAGUUGGCUCAUACCAAGAAUUAUUCAGCUUUGCCACCUGUGAAGCCACACUGUGGACUGAGACUACCCCCAGAUCGUUACUGCUUGUCUUCUUGCAACUAUACACUCAAGAGUUUUAAGAAACAAUCUUAUAUUGUACAAGGAUGUCAAGGACUCAAGCUAACACCAAAAACAAAUGUGAGUUUCCUGAAGAGAACCUCACCUAUGAUUGGAAAGCAGACUGUGAGCAUUCCCAAACCAAUGACAAAAAUAAGUAAUCCGAACAUGGUGCUGGGGGCUGGUAGUCCAGGACAGUUUCAAAAAACAGUAUUAAAGCCUAAGAUUCAAAUAACACAGAAUGUUCAAAUUGCUCCUGCUAACACAGGUAUGGGUGGAAGUAAUAUUAACAUAGUGGAGUAUGAUUCUAAUUUGUUGAAGAGGAAAAGAGAAGAUGAGCCUGAAAUGAGCUGAAUGUAUUUUUUUAUCAAUAUGUGUUUUAACUUUAAGAAUAUAAUAAACCAAAUUGGUUUUAUUAAAAGGUGUGUUAUUUUCCAUUUAGUGGCAACUAAGCAUAUUUUACAAAGUUGACUACGAAAUGGUGAUCUUGCCAAUCCUUAUGAAGUGUUAUGGAUCGUGAAAUUGCGCUAAAUAUAACAAUGUAGCCCUUCAGUUGAGGGGAAAAAAGAAAAUACAGUCACAUGGAGAAUGGGUUUUGGCAAAUUUUCUCCAACCCCAAUCAAAAAUGUUUUCUUCAUGCUGAACAAGUGUUUGGAGUUAUAAAAUGAUUAAUUGCUGAAAAACCUUUCUCUUGGACACUGCCAACUGAGAAAUUUAUGUUACAAGACACAGUAGAACUGCAGUGCUUAAUAUCAGAAUAAAUUUGAUGCCAAAUUGGUUAGACCCCACUGAAGCACUAUUUAUCAAAAACUGGUUUUUGUAGUAAAUAAUCUCACCAGUGAUUGAUUACCUAUCAUUUUUUUUCCAAAGUGACCUGCUAACAAAGUAUCCUCAAAAGUGUGUAUUUUUAGUUAGAACUAGAAAUUACUAUGCAGCACAUGGUCCCAUAUCUAGGAUGUUUGGACAAGCAAACCGCAGAC